CCUCAGGCCGGAUACGCGUGCACCGCCCCAGCUCCGACGAGUUCCUCGCGCGUCGUGUUUUAUUCCGAGCUCCGAGCAUUUGCCGCACUUUUACUACUACUACUACUAGUACUACUGUUCUUACAUUAAGGACUGAUUUUAAUUUUCACGACUUCUCAUCCGGAGCUAGAAAAAGUAGAAAUCAACUUCUCUCAACGACAACGAAACCGAGACUCAUCAGUCCAGACAACGAAGCUGAUGUGCAUAAUAUGACAGGACGGAGAAGCCUCGCGAGUGUUGUGUGUGGACUGCAUAAACUUGAGCUCAUAUUCUCAAGUGACAUCAAACAACAACGUGACAAUUGCGCUGGCACUUAGGCGAAAGAGAAGCUGAUAGUUCAAAGAAAACUGAGAAAAAAACGGAAGGAGUUUUUCGACGUAUAUUUCGAGCUAGCUAAACGCGUUUCAAUCAAUCUUUUUCAAAUCGCACUCCAUUUUUUAUGUAUAUUUCAAAGUUUUCUGAAAAGAACUGAAAAGAAAUAUCAACUGAGGUUUAUAAUUGGAAAAGACAUUAUAAAGAAACUGUUUUUAAAGCUAAUCUGAAAAAAUUCAUUAUCAAAAGAUUCUUCAUGAAUCGGAAAAAGAAAAAAUAUUUUAAUUAAAAUUUGUCAAAAAUCUUUGUGAGCACGAAAAAUGAGCAUACAGGGUUUACUUCAUCAGUUGAAAAAAAUGGUUCGUUACCCGAAGUAAAGUGAAUGAAAGUAAUAAUUGCAUUGUUUACGUUUGGCGUUAAGAAAAGACAUUGAAAUUUAGGCACGUUUAAACGCUAGUUUAAAAAACACGCCCACGCGAAGCGGUGGUGUUUUCAUUUAUCCAGGCAAGGAUCGAGAACGAUCGCAAAAGUUUUAGCCAGCAUGACGCUCGAAACAUUUUGCAUUAAAUUAUUUUCUCUUUAUUUGAGAAUAACGAGGGCAUUAAGUGGACUCUGUCAACAUUACUAUCGAUUGAAUCCUAAGCUUUGAUGAAAAAAACAAGAAGCGAACGCGAAUCGGGCUCUCGAUCGGCUGCUAUAACAAAGAGAAAAAACUGAAAAUGUAGCAUCGACAGCCGAGAGCGAGCUCGGUCAAUCAAUUCGUCGACGCAGACGGACACGGAGCGCACAAGGUGUAUCGCGUACAACGAUGCCACUACCGCUGCAGCCGGCUCCUGCGUUCGAGGUAUCAAUUUAGGCCCCGGGGGACCGCCGAAACAUGGACUAUGCAAGUGCACUCGGCAACAAUACGCAGUCGCACUGCGAGCUCCUGCAAAGGAAUUUCACCAUGCCCAAAGACGAAAUUUGGUGCAAUUUUACAUGGGACUCUAUGCUGUGCUGGCCUCCAACGAAAGCGUCGUCGAUCCACAAGUUAAGAUGUCCCUUGGAAAACGGUUUCGAUACUCGAAAGUUCGUGCUAAAACGCUGCGGCGAGGAUGGUCACUGGGAGGGACGCGAAGGCAGCGAGCGAGACGCUCCAAGUGGUUGGACCAACUACACGCCGUGCUUUACUCCGGAAAUGCUGCUGCUCGUGAAGAAACUUUACGCCGGCAGUAGCGAUCUUGCUCAGGUUAAGCUAGAAAUUGCAGAAAAAACGAGAACUUUGGAGCUUGUCGGGCUUGGCAUAUCAUUAACGGCACUACUUAUAUCAUUAUCGAUAUUUUGUCGAUUUAGGUCAUUAAGGAAUACGCGUACUCGCAUUCACAAGAAUCUCUUCGUCGCGAUGGUGAUUCAAGUCGUUAUAAGGUUGACUUUGUACAUAGAUCAAGCGGUAUUCAAGACGCCCGGAUCCCGAGGUCCGCAACUUGGCAUUCAAAACACGCCUUUUCUGUGUGAGGCUACGUAUGUUCUUCUAGAAUACGCGAGGACGGCCAUGUUCAUGUGGAUGUUUAUCGAGGGACUUUUUCUACACAAUAUGAUUACGGUGACGGUCUUUCACGAGACUUCGCACUACCGCAUUUAUCGACUGGUCGGCUGGGGCUAUCCGCUGGUUAUGACCUUGCUCUGGGCCAUCAUUACGGCGCUCUACAGUAAUCCGUCGAAAUGCUGGUGGGGCUAUAAUCUAACGCACUACUUCUGGAUUCUCGAAGGACCAAGGAUGGCGGUGAUAGUGCUCAACUUCUUGUUCCUCCUUAAUAUUAUAAGGGUACUUAUUGUGAAGCUACGCGAAAGCCACACUAGCGAAACUGAACAAGUUCGGAAAGCAGUGAGGGCCACGGCGGUUUUAGUGCCUCUAUUAGGAAUAACCAAUAUUAUCUCCAUGACUGAGGCACCUCUGGACAAAAGCAUCUGGGAAUUUGCACUUUGGUCUUACACGACGCAUUUUCUCAAUUCGUUUCAAGGCCUCUUCAUUGCCACCCUUUACUGCUUCCUCAAUGGAGAGGUAAGAUCAGCAUUGGACAAAACGAUAUCGGUGUAUAUGUCGGUGCGCGGUACCGACCUCACGAGGCGUCAAUCUACUGUAAGUGGCUGCCAGCCUCAACGAAUGGCAUCGGUCAUUGAAGUGGAGGAAACGGAGAUUAGACCAGGUGCUGGUUGGAUCAGACUUUGCUGCCGUGGGGGAAAUAUACCACCGCCCGAUCGGCCGCCUGAAACCAGUCUAUGACCAUGGUGGCCCUGGCGACUGAAAAAAGACGCCAAAUUAAAUUCGCUUGGUUGAAUAUCUUCAGAGAAUAAAAAACUCAUUCUUCAUUUCAAUGGAAAAAGGCAGCACUGGAGAGGCUGGGCAUUUCACCAUCGAGACAAAACGAGAAGAAAAUAAAGGAAAAAAAUGAAAAAAAAAUGCGAGAGAAUAUUGCUCAUCUGUGAAGUAAUUUUUUCGAGCAACUAUGAAGGAUACGUAUGAUUUUGAGACGAUUGCAGCCGACUGAUUGCUUAGUUCUUAAAAGUAUAAUAGUUUGGUCUAUAUGUAUACACGACAACGUUUAUACAGUGGGUGUAUAAAAAAUAAAUAUACAUGCAUAUAUAACACAACACUGAAUCAAUAUUUUGCGGGUAAAUGUGGGACUAUUCAAAAAACUAUGUUCUAUUGAUUCAGAUAUCUAGUUUUUCUACUUGGUAAAAUUUUUUACUUCUGUGAAACAAGCUUUAAUUAUUCAUAAAAUCACAUGUCGUAAAGAAAUCAUUGUAAAAAAUGCACCAGCUCUUCAUUCUAAGCUUGCGUAAAAAUGGCCUACGCAUCUUAAAAUUAUAAUCAGUUGAUGUGACUCGCAGCUGUGUCUCUUUGUCUAUAUUAUGAACGUAAUUAAUUGUAGAUAACUCAUAAAAAUUAUUUAUGCAGGGCAUUGAUGUUUUUUUGAAGUAAAACUAUUCUAAAUGAAACGUCCUAAAACAAGUGGUUAAAGUAUUUUUCUCUGUCAUAUUUAUAAUUUUAUUCCUUAAUGAGGUAAUUAUUAAGUCUAUAGGCCAAAAAAAUUAUAUUGACGUAUUCUGCAAAAGUACUUGCAUAAUGAAAAACAAAUUGAAAUGAAAUAUCGAAUUCAUAAAAAUAUGUUAACGAAUUGAGUAUAAUAGUAAAAUUAAAAACUCAUUACGCAAUUUCAAAUAAAAAUAAUUGAUAAGAAUAAAAGACUUAAAGUAUAAUUAACAUAACAUCUGAUGUUUGCCACUGGUUGGUAUUCUCAAAAAGAAUAUUACUCGUCUGUAAAGUAAUUUCAGUAAAAAGUAGCUGAUAUACUAAAGUUAAAAAUUGCGUAAAAGUUUACAAAAUUAAUGUUGAAAACGUCAGCUGCAAGGCUAGUGUAUUUAUUAAAAUUAUUACAAAAAUGUUGUACGGGUUAUAUGUUGUUAAAAAAUGUCAGCUAAUAAAAAUAAUCGCAAUUUUAAUGAGUCAAAAAAAGAUAGUCAGAUGGUUUACAGAAAUUAGAUAUUUAGUUAUUGGUUUCUAUUAAAUACAUAAUUAUACUCUAAACUAAAAAUGGCAGAAUCAAAUUUUAUAAGGGCUAUAUAAAUAUAACUUGAAAUAAAAGAAUUCACGCACAACAUGGUCCUGGGUGGCGAUAAAUUUAUCGGCUGAAUUUUAUGAAACGUGCCUAUUUGGAUAAUUUUUUAACAUCGAUGUGACACUUUUAAUUGCUCAUUGAAAGUUUAAAAAUUAAAUUUAUUUAUAAAGUAAAUCAUCUGAUGAUAUUUGAGCUGUGAUGUCGAUAAUUUUAUCGUGUCAGCACGAAAAAAGUCAAAAGACAGUUGAAUACUUGAGGGUACGUUUUUUUAAUAUUUUGCAAGAUGUGUCUAUUUUUUAAUGUUCUACGUGUAACGUAAUUUUUGUGAUAAAUAUAGAUACUAAAAAUGUAUAACGUAAAAAUAAAAAAUACUCAACGACAGCAACGAGUAAUAGGAUUUGGUAAUACUAAUGACUAAAAUCUAUAAUGUUGACCUAGUUGAUUAAAUUCUGCUCUUUUUGACUGAUGUCAAUUAUUCGUCUACUCAGCAAAUUUGUAAAAAAUUUUCAAAGCGAUAAUUUGGAAAUGUUAACAUACGCAUUGAUGUUAAAUUUUUUUUAAUAUAUAUUUCAAAGUGUUAUAAAUGCCCUAGUAAGAAAACCUUUUUUACUUUACAGUCUAAUGAACUUCUUUAUAAUUUCCGAAAAUAUCAUGAAUUAUGUUACUGGUUAUUGUGAAUAAAAUAAAUUAUUUGUCAAAACUACGCUCACCAGUUCAUACAACUACCUUUUUUCAAUACAAUUAUUUUACUUGGAACAAAUAUAAAAUGAUUUACUAAUAUUCUUUAUUACGACUUUCAAAAUCAUAAUAUUCAUUUCUUGUUAAAUAUUAUUGCUAUUAAAAAUGUAUCAUCGUUUUAUUCUU